AAGUAGGUUAGUGGUGCGACAUUUAGGGAAGGCAGAAAGUAGGUCAGGGACGGAGGUGCCUGUUUACCCGCGCCGGACUCACCGCCGCCGCCGCCGCGGGAUCCGAGUGCGGGCGCGGGCGCGGGCGCUCCCGGCGAGCCACGGUGGUGCUGGCUAGAGUGCUUAAGUUUGGACCCAAGCUUAACUUUUCCAAUGUGGAAUCCUGAGCCUUCAUUGGUUUUUGGAAGAAGCUGACUGCCUGAAAAGAAAUUACAAAACAUGAAAAUCGCUUUGAGGUGACCAACAGCUCCAGAGGCCCCUAACUCCUCCCAAGCUGGAUCUGGGGUGUAAGCGCUGUAACUUCAGAUCAACCAAUGGCAGACCAGAGAAUGGACAUUUCUUCAACCAUCAGUGAUUUCAUGUCCCCGGGCCCCACCGACCUGCUCUCCAGCUCUCUUGGUACCAGUGGUGUGGAUUGCAACCGCAAACGGAAAGGCAGCUCCACUGACUACCAUUCACAGGUCGAAUUUGGGGAGCACAAUGGCUGGAGGUCAGAUGCCCACUAGGAGAUGCUAUGAUUAAUAUAGAAAGCAUGGACACAGACAAAGAUGACCCUCAUGGAAGGUUAGAAUACACAGAACACCAAGGAAGGAUAAAAAAUGCAAGGGAAGCUCACAGUCAGAUUGAAAAGCGGCGUCGGGAUAAAAUGAACAGUUUUAUAGAUGAAUUGGCCUCUUUGGUACCAACAUGCAACGCAAUGUCCAGGAAAUUAGAUAAACUUACUGUGCUAAGGAUGGCUGUUCAGCACAUGAAAACAUUAAGAGGUGCCACCAAUCCAUAUACAGAAGCAAACUACAAACCAACUUUUCUAUCAGACGAUGAAUUGAAACACCUCAUUCUCAGGGCAGCAGAUGGAUUUUUGUUUGUCGUAGGAUGUGACCGAGGGAAGAUACUCUUUGUCUCAGAGUCUGUCUUCAAGAUCCUCAACUACAGCCAGAAUGAUCUGAUUGGUCAGAGUUUGUUUGACUACUUGCAUCCUAAAGAUAUCGCCAAAGUCAAGGAGCAGCUCUCCUCCUCAGACACCGCACCCAGGGAGCGGCUCAUAGAUGCAAAAACUGGACUUCCAGUUAAAACAGAUAUAACCCCUGGGCCAUCUCGAUUAUGUUCUGGAGCACGACGUUCUUUCUUCUGUAGGAUGAAGUGUAACAGGCCUUCAGUAAAGGUUGAAGACAAAGACUUCCCCUCUACCUGCUCAAAGAAAAAAGCAGAUCGGAAAAGCUUCUGCACAAUCCACAGCACAGGCUAUUUGAAAAGCUGGCCACCCACAAAGAUGGGGCUAGAUGAAGACAACGAACCAGACAACGAGGGGUGUAACCUCAGCUGCCUUGUCGCAAUUGGACGACUGCAUUCUCAUGUAGUUCCACAACCGGUCAACGGGGAAAUCAGGGUGAAAUCUAUGGAAUAUGUUUCUCGGCAUGCAAUAGAUGGGAAGUUUGUCUUUGUAGACCAGAGGGCAACAGCUAUUUUGGCAUAUUUACCACAAGAACUUUUAGGCACAUCGUGUUAUGAAUAUUUUCACCAAGAUGACAUAGGGCAUCUUGCAGAAUGUCACAGGCAAGUUUUACAGACGAGAGAAAAAAUUACAACUAAUUGCUAUAAAUUUAAAAUCAAAGAUGGUUCUUUCAUCACACUACGGAGUCGAUGGUUCAGUUUCAUGAACCCUUGGACCAAGGAAGUAGAAUACAUCGUCUCAACUAACACUGUUGUUCUAGCCAACGUCCUGGAAGGCGGGGACCCAACCUUCCCGCAGCUCACAGCAUCCCCCCACAGCAUGGACAGCAUGCUGCCCUCUGGAGAAGAUUCUUUUAUUGUAGGUGGCCCAAAGAGGACCCACCCCACUGUUCCAGGGAUUCCAGGGGGAACUCGGGCUGGGGCAGGAAAAAUAGGCCGAAUGAUUGCUGAGGAAAUCAUGGAAAUUCACAGGAUAAGAGGGUCAUCGCCUUCUAGCUGUGGCUCCAGCCCGUUGAACAUCACGAGUACGCCUCCCCCUGAUGCCUCUUCUCCGGGAGGCAAGAAGAUUUUAAAUGGAGGGACUCCAGACAUUCCUUCCAGUGGCCUACUACCAGGCCAGGCUCAGGAGAACCCAGGUUAUCCAUAUUCUGAUAGUUCUUCUAUUCUUGGUGAGAACCCCCACAUAGGUAUAGACAUGAUUGACAACGACCAAGGAUCAAGUAGUCCCAGUAAUGAUGAAGCAGCAAUGGCUGUCAUCAUGAGCCUCUUGGAAGCAGAUGCUGGACUGGGUGGCCCUGUUGACUUUAGUGACUUGCCAUGGCCACUGUAAACACUACAUGUUGCUUUGGCAACAGCUAUAGUAUCAAAGUGCAUUACUGGUGGAGUUUUACAGUCUGUGAAGCUUACUGGAUAAGGAGAGAAUAGCUUUUAUGUACUGACUUCAUAAAAGCCAUCUCAGAGCCAUUGAUACAAGUCAAUCUUACUAUGUGUAACUUCAGACAAAGUGGAACUAAGCCUGCUCCAGUGUUUCCUCAUCAUUGAUUAUUGGGCUAGCUGUGGAUAGCUUGCAUUAAUUGUAUAUUUUGGAUUCUGUUUGUGUUGAAUUUUUUAAUCAUUGUGCACAGAAGCAUCAUUGGUAGCUUUUAUAUGCAAAUGGUCAUUUCAGAUGUAUGGUGUUUUUACACUACAAAGAAGUCCCCCAUGUGGAUAUUUCUUAUACUAAUUGUAUCAUAAAGCCGUUUAUUCUUCCUUGUAAGAAUCCUUUACUAUAAAUAUGGGUUAAAGUAUAAUGUAUUAGACAGUUAAAUAUUUUUAAUAAAUGUUUCCCUUGUUCUAUAAA